GUACUGCAAUACUGAGCACGCUGCCCUUCAGACCGCUGAGAUGCUCCAGAACCGGACUGAUCUGAGCGCCAACAGCGAUGGCUACGCGCUCCAUAUUGCGACCUUCUACUCAUCGCGGCUCAACAAAAAAUUGCUGGAAGCUGCUUUGUCGGCCUUUCUUUUCGGUGUUCUCAAUCUUCUCACGGGAGCAGCCAUGUACUGUCUUAUUCGCCGAGGGAUGCACAAUCUUGCUCCGAAACUACUGAUCGGCUGUGCACUGCUCCUCUACUUGUCUACGGCGAUGUACUGGGCGUCCAUCAUGCAAAGCAUUGCCGGCGACAAUGCAUUCUUAGAUCUGGCGACUAAGACCCUGGUGUCAGAUUCGGUCUUACCAAGCAGCAUGAGUCGUACUGUAGCCUUGCAAAAGAAUAAUUUGGUCAUCAACAUCGCGCUUAUCAUUAACAACAUCAUCGGGGACGCCAUUGUCUGGUGGCGAGUAUGGAUCAUCUGGCGCCAAAGUCCAGUCCGCUAUGUCGGCCCCAUCCUCAUUUCCGCUACUCUUGCAUUGGCUAUUGCGGCGAACCUCCCAGGCUCAAGUACAACACUUCGAGGGGGGUACUACGUGGUGAAUGUGUGGGACCUGCUUGCUGCCGCUUCGUCUUUCGCUAUGAAUGCCAUAGCAGUCUCUCUCAUCGGGUAUCGAACAUGGUAG